AGGUGUGUGAUUCUGAGAUGCGAAUUUUAAACGUUCUUGCAUUCCCCGGUAGUGUGCACGAUCAAUUUGUAUUUGCAUCUAGUGCUUUAAGUACAGAAAUGGAGAGAUUGUAUACCAAUAGAAUUGGACAGUUUUAUCUUUUAGGUGAUUCUGGUUAUGCCUCUGAGCCGUAUAUGUUGGUACCAAUAUUACACGCAAAUGAAGGGAGUCCCGAAUAUAGGUAUACAAAAAACCACUGUUUGGUCAGAAAUAACAUAGAAAGGGUAUUUGGAGUUCUAAAAGGAAGGUGGCGGUGUUUAAAAAAAGAUCGUGUAUUACACUAUAAACCAAAAAAAGCAGGAGUUAUUAUAAAUUGUUGUGCAAUUUUACAUAAUAUGGCAAUACACGAGUAUACUUAAAUUAAUUUUU